AUGCUGCAAGGUGAAGAGAAUCCCAUUGGUUGUACCCUACUACCGGUAGCUAGACCGAAGUCCAUAGAGUUGAGAAAAAAAAACAGCACGUAUUACCAAGAGAAUGGUUAUUUUAGCGAUGGCCUGCUUAAUUUUUCAGUCGGUACGAUAGGGCCCAAGCUACUGAAAGAUUGCAAACCAAUCAUCCAAAAAGCGACCGAUAUCAAACUAUCUGAAGAAAAUUGUAGCGGUUUGUUCCAGUAUGGACCUGUAUGUGGUGAUCGAUAUCUACGAAAGGAAUUGGCAACAUUUUUAGAAGAACGUUAUGGCGAUCAUGUCGAUCGAGAUGACUUGAUCUGUACCGCUGGCGCAACCAAUGGUCUAAUUACAAUCUGCAAUCUAUUAUUUACUGCUGGGGAUUAUAUCUUCAUUGGCGAUGUUUCUUAUUAUUCUAAUAUUAUGUAUAUGAAACAUCUUAAAUACAAUAUGGUCACAGUUCCUAUGGACGAUAAUGGUAUGAUUAUCGACAAGUUGGAAGAAAAGAUAAGAAGUAUCGGAAGUUCGCUGACCAAGAGUGAUGAUAGUGAUAAACCCUAUAAUGCUAUGGUUUAUAUCAUACCUGCCUUUCAAAAUCCUACUGGGCGAUGCCUGUCGGAAGAUCGUUGUCGGCAGCUCGUACAAUUGGCUCGUAGACACAAACUAUUGGUAUUUGCUGAUGAUGUUGCUAAUCUUGUAUAUCAUGGAGAUGAAAAAUAUCCACCAAGGAGAUUAUUUUCCUACGAUUGCAGGGAAGAUGCCGACUUUUAUGGAAAUGUUAUUUCUAAUAGUAGUUUUUCUAAAGUGUUCUGCCCAGGAAUAUGUAAAGAAAUUCUGAAGAUGUGUACUGAGCGACAUCGAAUUGCAUUUUUUCCGGCGUCCAGGGUUGCUUUAAGUGGUGGUUACGAAACGCAAAUUCGAUUUUCUGUUAGCUAUUAUGAAGAAGAUAUUUUGACUAACGCAAUCAGGAAAAUAGCUGAUGUCGUCAAAAAUUAUAAUCAAAACUAA